AUGAUCCACCACAUAAUUUCUCAUUUGCCGUUGAGCAACAGCCCACUGAAUACCGUGGCAGUGCACUCGAAGAAUUCGAAGCCUACUAGAACCCGCAUAACCGACUCAAAACUACACCAUUCCAAACCAUAUUCCACAUCAACCCACACUCCAUCAGCACAACAAGUUGCCUCGCGCCAUAAUGGCCAAAUGUUCUCGAAAUACUCGAAGGAUAAAAAACGCCUUUCUGUCUCCAAGAUUCACCAUUCCUUAAGAUUUAACAACAAAUUAUCUACACAACGUAUGCGACGGAGUUCUCUACCCUCAAACUAUUCCAACAAUCCAGCCAAACCCUCCUCCAAAACUCACAAUUCACAGUCUUCGCUAAGAGCUUUAUUCCUAAUACUGAUAAUCUCAAGAUCUCUGACGCAGUUUUUUGAUCGUAUAGACCUGUCUUUAGCAAACCUAGCCACAAUGACUUUCAUUCAAGGAGACAAAGCGAGUUAUGGCGCUUAUAACAUGUGGGCCCAUAUAGCUAGCGCUCUUUCUACCCCGUCUGUCGCUGUGCUAGCUUGGUACAUUCUGAUUAAUAUGUGUGGAGUUACCAAGUAUGGGUAUUUCAUAGUUUUUAUAUGGGGAGGAAUUAUGCUCUUACUUUCGAUGCUAUCUCUUCCUUGGUUUCAAUUUGAGUACAACGAAAAAAAAACGUUCACAUGGUCCGGAGUUAAAACUGUUGUUUUUAAUGCGCACUGCAUUUUCAUGUUCGCCGUCCAGUUUUAUGCUGGAUUGUGUGCAGCGUUUCAAUUGCACUGGGAGUUUUGGUACUUACACAGUUUAUCUGCAAGCCCGUUAUUAAUUGCCGGCGCAGGUUCAGUCAGACGGACUUCACUAGCGACGGUUAUGUUUCUAUCAACUCAUGUGAUACGAAAGAUUGGAGAGUUAAAGACUAUAUGUGUGGCAAUGUUUCUUUAUUCGUGCUCUUUUUUCGCUCUAUCGUACGCAAGAAUAGCUUGGUUGGUUAUUGUGAUUGACAUGUUUCAAGCGGUUGCUCUUGCUCUCAGUUACA